CCCGGCCCGGCCCGAAAGCGGAGCCAUCCCCUAAUCGGGGAUAAGAGACUACAACCCGCCGACACCACCAUCACUGCGGAAGUGACGGACGCAACACCAUAACAACCACCCACAUCGGAAGUGACAAACAGGUGCUAUGGCAACGGUGCGCUAACAACCGAGGUGCAGGCAGGGCGACUCCUUCCGGGACAGGUGUUCCAAUCCACGGGCGCUGGGAAAGGCGAUCAUUGGCCAUUGAAGCAGUGACGACAGAGAGGGUGGGCUUAGAGAUUUAGCCACAGCGCUAAUUGGAGUAGCUACGGGCAACCACUGACCAAUGAACAGGUAGGGCCCGCCGGAGGGCGGGGCUAGGCACAGCCCGUGGGGACCAGAGAUGACAGUGUCAAGGCUACCGGGAACCUCAAGCGGGGCCGAAAUGGAGCCGCCUGGGGCGCGGACCCGACUGGUGUUUCCACCUCAAGGUUCUUCAGAUUCUGAGCCAGAAACAGAGAGUAUUGGUGGUGGCACCACUAGGCCCAAGACAGAUGAGCUGCUGGAUUUCCUCCAGCCAGACAAGGAUAUGGCAACUGCCUCAGGCUCAACUGAGGGAUAUUAUGACACACUGCAGGAACUCAAAAUGAAAAACAGACAGUCUCUUUUAGAACUGGGCUUGCUGUACCAGGCAAAAUUGGAAAGCAACCAGGAAUCCUUCAAGGAGGAACUAGAAGACUUCUUCCAAGACAAUGGGCGAUUGAUUCUGCAGGUCAAGCCGUCUCAGGCUUCAAGAUCUAGUAUCAUAAGCCAGUCCAGUUCUUUAACUGACCUAAAUCUGGACAGCCUUUGGGAUCAGAAAAAUCCCCUCUCACUUCCUCAGUCCCACCUGAGGCCAAAGACUGCUGCAUCUGCCUGGGUCUCUACUAUCACCAUCCCUCAGCCCUUCAAGAUGACUCUGCGUGAGGCUUGUAAAAAGCCCCAGUUGAUGAGAUCACGUGCAUCCCUUGAGCUAGAGAAACAAAGGGAAAAAAGGCAAAGUCAGGAGGAGGCAGAGUGCCAGAAGCAGUUCCGGGCACAGCCAGUUCCUGCCCAUGUAUACUUGCCACUCUACCAGGAAAUAAUGGAGCAGGAUGAGAUUCGCAGGGAAGUGGGAAUGCAGAGAAGAAAAGAGUUGCUCCUUUCCACUCAGCGACCCUUCAGCUUCCUGGAAAAGGAGGAGAAAAAAAAGGAGGCCAUGAAACAGAAGGUACUGGCAGCACUGGCUCCAGUUAAGAACUCCAAACCAAAAGACAGCAAGAUGAUCCCUAAAUCCACCUAUAACUCAGUUCUUGGGGAUAAACUCAAAGAAGCUGAACUCUACAGAAAAAUCCGCAUUCAGAUGAGAGCCAAGGAUCUUUUGGAAAACUCCUUCGCUCCUAUUGAUCUUAGCAACAGACAAAGAGAGUCAUACUCCCGAACUGCCACCAAAACUAAGCAAGAAAAACUUGGCUUCCUGCAAGAUGACUUCAGCUUUAAACCAAGAAUUAACCCAGUUGUACCUGAUUUUGAAAAACUGUAUUGGGCAUAUCAGAGAGAAGCAAUAAGGAUACGAGAAGUCAAAGAGCCAACUCAUAAUCAACCAUUUAAACUGAGAACCUCCAGUCUCCUUUGCAGGCAGAAGCAGGCUAAUGAGCAGAUAAUGAAGGAUUUUCAGCAGCCUUCCAAGCCUCCAGUGCAAAGAAGCCAUUCUCUGACUGGUCUCUCAUCUCUCUCUUCCAAUACCCUUCCGGUGCAUAUUACAGAUGCAACAAGAAAGAGGGAAUCUGCUAUUAGACACUUCCAGGAAAACAAAAAGAGCAGGGAGAAAAAAGAAAUUCACUGGAUGGAAGUACAGAGAAAGAAAUGUCAGGCUAUGCACAAAUCUCUGAGCAGCCGAGCAAAAGCCAUGGAUCCCCAUAAAAGUUUGGAGGAGACACAUAAGGAGAAGCUGAAAGAGAACUGGCAGAAUGACCAAAAAAGAACAAAGGAGUACAAAAAAGAACUGGAAGAAAUGGAGAUACGAGUAAAGAACAGACCAUACCUCUUCGAACAGGUCACAAAGCAUGAUGCUCGGCGAGAGGCAGAGCAACACUAUCAGGACACCCUUUGUCAGGUGGGGCUGAAUGAGGAAUUUGUAAGGAACAAAGGGACAGAUGCUACUGACCUUCCAAGGGAGGAAGAUCCUGAAACUCACAGAACUCAGGAACCUCAGAAAGACAUUGACAGCGACACUGUACAGGAAGAAGAAUCAUCAUCUUAGGAAAAGCAAAGAACAAAAAAACAAACCUGCACAAAACUCAGUUGGACCUGAUGCUGAGAGAAGUUCCAAACUAUUUACCUGCAUAACGCCAUUUUCUGAUUUCUUGCUUCCUGUGAUCUCAGGAGGAUGCUGUUUUGUGGAGCAGCAUUGUGUGGGCCACAAAGCAUGACCGCACACACAUUGUACAUGCAAGGUCACACUAUGUGGAACAAAAUGGCAUCCUGCCCACACUCAGGAGAAUAUCCACUGAUGACGUGACCACAGUCCUGUCUGCUGAUGGCACAGUCCCACUUGGGGGUCACAAUCUAUAGUUUGGGAACCACUGUUCCAGACCUUCGACAGAAACUCAGAGUUAUGAACACCUCUGAGUCCGUAACUCUAAAAUGUUCAUAACUCUGAACAAAACAUUAUGGUUAUUCUUUCAAAAGUUUACAACUGAACAUUGGCUUAAUACAGCUCAUAAGGCUUCACUAUGUAGAAGAAAAAUGAAUGCUGCUUUCAUUUUAAUUUUUUUUAAGAACAGUGGUUCCCAACCUGUGGUCCUUGACAGUACUAUAGGGCGUCCAUGGAAAGUUCAGGAAAAGUAAGGAUUGGGCCCACUGUGGGACUGGUUCUUUCCACCAGGUGAUUCUCACCCAGGGUUCACUGUUCGUAACUAGCCACAUGCACAUUGCCUCCCGCCCUCGGGAUGGGAUCUUGAUAUCCCAGGAGACACCAUCCGUCUUCCCGUAGCCAGCUGCACUGGUGUUUAUGCUCCAGCCCUCUCCGCGUCCCAGUCCCAUGAUCCUUACUUUUCUUUGCCUUUUCUUAUUUUUUUCCUCCCCUAGGACUCUGUGCCCAGGCAAGGGCAGAGUGCCAGAGAGGAGCUGCCUUUGGCCACGAGAGCCCUCUCGCUCCAUGGAUGGGCAGGGGACAGAGGGGGCAGGAGCGGAGGAAGCAGCACAGGCCAAGGGAUGUGCUAGCCCCCGCUUUCUGCUACUCAACUUGGGGAGUCCGUAAAAUUUUAACAUUGAAAUGGGGACCGUGCGCUCAGAAAGGUUGGGAACCACUAGUUUUAGAAGGUUGAGUUUAACCUUCCCUCACCCCAUCUCUGCUGCUGCCUGCUUGAUACUUCUGGUUCCAAAUAAGCUUGGU